AGGAGCAGCACAGCUAGGGCUGGCCUAGAGUGCGAUCCGGGCUGAGCCACACACCCCCUCUCUGGCCGCGGCACACCAGGACUCCCGGAGGCAGUCAGCCACAGCUGCAGAACCCGCCCGUCACAGGUGCCGCGGAGAACUUCAGGAUGCCGAUGUCCCCGGCGCUUGCCUGCCUGGCCCUGGGCCUGGCCCUCAUCUGUGCUGGAGGCUCCACCUCAUACCCUCCCCAGCCCCAGGUGGCAGAACUAGCGGCAGACUUUGGGGUGAAAGUGUUCCAGCAGGUGGUGCAGGCCUCUAAGGACCGCAACGUGGUUUUCUCCCCCUAUGGGGUGGCCUCAGUGCUGGCCAUGCUGCAGCUGACCACGGCGGGAGAAACCCAGCAGCAGAUCCAAGCGGCGAUGAGAUUCAAGAUAGAUGAGCAGAGCACGGCCCCCGCCCUCCGCCACCUGCACAAGGAGCUCAUGGGGCCUUGGAACAAAGAUGAGAUCAGCACCACGGAUGCCAUCUUCGUGCAGCGUGACCUGAAGCUGGUCCAGGGCUUCAUGCCCCGCUUCUUCAGAUUGUUCCGGACCACAGUCAAGCAGGUGGACUUUUCCGAUGUGCAGAGGGCCAGGUUCAUCAUCAAUGACUGGGUGGAGAGACACACGAAAGGCAUGAUCAGCGACUUGCUUGGUAAAGGGGCCGUGGACCAACUGACGCGCCUGCUGCUGGUGAAUGCCCUCUACUUCAACGGCCAGUGGAAGACGCCCUUCCUCAAGUCUGGCACCCACCACCGCCUCUUCCACAAGUCGGACGGCAGCACCAUCUCUGUGCCCAUGAUGGCGCAGACCAACAAGUUCAACUACACUGAGUUCCUCACCCCCGACGGCCACUACUACGACAUCUUGGAGCUGCCCUACCAUGGGGAAACCCUCAGCAUGUUCAUCGCCGCCCCCUAUGAGAAACAGGUGCCCCUCUCUGCUCUCACCAACAUCCUGAGUGCCCAGCUCAUCAGCCAAUGGAAAGGCAACAUGACCAGAGUGACCCGCCUCCUGGUUCUGCCCAAGUUCUCCCUGGAGAGUGAAGUGGACCUCAGGGCACCCCUGGAGAACCUGGGGAUGACCGACAUGUUCAGGUCGGGGCAGGCGGACUUCUCGAAUCUGUCAGACCAAGAGCUUCUCCACGUGUCCCGGGCCCUGCAGAAAGUAAAGAUCGAGGUGAAUGAGAGUGGCACCAUGGCGUCCUCCUCCACAGUCAUCCUUGUCUCAGCCCGCAUGGCCCCCGAGGAGAUCAUCAUGGACAGACCUUUCCUCUUUGUGGUCCGGCACAACCCCACAGGCACCAUCCUUUUCCUGGGCCAGGUGAUGGAACUCUGAUGGGGGCAAGAAGCCCUCGGCUGGGAAAGCACUGGAAAAGACUCACCGGCGCUAAGACUGUUUGCUUGAAGGACCCUUCCUGGGAAAAGAGGAGAUGCGUGCCCUGCCUUCAAAAACACUAAACCUUUUCCGUUUGCCUCCUGGACCUGAGCUCCCUAUCAGCAGCCUGGGAGCUGGCCCAAGGCCAGGGUCCCUGACCGUCUCCAUGGAGACCUGCAGGAGCAGGUGCAACGGCCCAGCUCUGCCUGGUGCAGGUGUCAGGCCCGGUUCUGGCUCCUCCUGCAGCCUGGGCAGGCUGGGACCCUGAGGCCUAAGGCGGCAGAGUGAUUUGUGUUCCGGUCACACUGCUGUCACUCUCCUGCUGUCUGCCAUUGCCGCGGAGGCUGGCGACAGCCCAGAGGAGGCCGAUAGGAGAGCCACCCUUUCAUCUCAAGCUCCACUCUGCUACUGGCCACCUGCCCAGCUCAGAGGGGCUUCGGACUGGCAGGGACAACGCCCACACCUUCUGCCCUCCCCCCCCACGCCACCCCCGGCCCCCCGAGCAGGGCCGUGUCCCUCCCCCAGAAACGGUGUACAUACAACUAUUGUGGAGUGUAGGUGACUUGUUUACUUGUAGAAGCAGGUUUCUGCUUCCCACGAACCUGACUGUGCAGGAGGAGAGGAAGUGAGGCCAGAUGUGUGCCUGGCUCUUGGUCCCCGGCCUCCUGCUGCGGUUGGGGGGUGCCUGGGAUGCCAGGGGCGUGCUUGACUAUUUAUCGUAUCCUUACCCUUGUGUGCUUGCGGAAGAGAGAGACAACUAUUCUUGAAAAAAGUAUCGUUGAAAUGUCUGCUUCGGGCUCCCUUGGGGUCUGUGGUCUGUGGCCUUCCUCUCAGGGGUCCCACUGCUCUGGGCUGUCACAGCCCUCAGGGCGAGGAGCGUGAUGGGGGCCACACUGCCACCUUGUGGCUGCCGGAAUCCCAGUGCGCCGCCUCCCUUUUUCCUUGCCUGCUCACUCGAUGGCUUGGCCGAGCCCGGGGGGCCACGAUGACCUAACUUCAGGCCACCCUGGGGACCAAGAAGGUGGGGGUGGGUGAGAGCCUGGAGCGAGGACAGAGCGGUGUCAAAGUUUUCCAAUAUCUGUAGGAGCAGGAAUUGCAAGGGGCUCUGCCACCUACCAGGACAGAACCUUCCCCAAUUACAGGGUGACUCACUGCCGCAUUUGGUGACUCACUUCAAUGUGUCACUUCCGGCUGCUGUGUGAGAGCAGGGGGACACGUGAGGGCGGCAGGGUGGGGGAUGAAAGCAGCAGCGAGCUCGGACCCACCCACCUGGGUGAGACCCUCUUGCAAACCCGAGUGAGGGGCACGGCGGCACGGGACUGUGGAACGCACGCCCGCCGACGGGAGCCUCACCGGCCCCUCCAGGCUCCUCCUGAGAAUCCCUCACCCUGUGCUUUCUCUCCCCGGUUUGUUGUUUUCUUUUUCAUGAUGCACUGGACAGUGACAGCCACACGCAGCACCCACGGGGGUCCCUGAACGCUCCGUUUCCAAUGUUCUUGACACUGUGUUGAAUAAUGUGCUUUUUCACUUUUGAUAUAUAAACGAGUAAAAAUGUUCCCAAAAAUAAUAACAAUAAAUUAUAAAUAAUAUA